GGCGGGAUUCGCCCUCUAUAAAGCCCUCGGGCCGGGCGGGAGCGGGGAUCGCGCUUCUUCUGCUUCUUCGCCGCCGCCGCCCCUCCUUCUGGCUCCAUGGCCGGCCCGGGCAAGCCGUGCGCGGGCUUGUACAGCUUCCUCUUCGAGUACGACACGCCGCGGAUCGUGCUGAUCAAGAGCCGCAAAGUGGGGCUCAUGAACCGGCUGGUCCAGCUGGCCAUCCUGGCCUACGUCAUCGGCUGGGUCUUCGUGUGGGAAAAGGGCUACCAAGAAACAGAUUCAGUGGUGAGUUCGGUGACCACAAAAGUGAAGGGCGUCACCGUGACCAAUACUUCAGAGCUGGGGCUCCGAGUUUGGGAUGUAGCCGAUUACGUGAUUCCGCCUCAGGGCGAGAACUCCGUAUUCGUCAUGACAAACAUGAUCAUCACUCAGAAUCAAACUCAAGGACUCUGUGCAGAGUUUCCAGAUAAAACCACACGGUGCCAUUCUAGCGAAAACUGCACGGAAGGAUACGUUGGGACACACAGCAAUGGUGUCCAGACUGGGAAGUGUGUUGCAUACAGAAACUCCACCGAGAAAACCUGUCAGGUCUUUGCCUGGUGUCCAGUGGAGGAUGAUGAACAUGUUCCCAAACCAGCUUUCCUACAUAAUGCUGCAAACUUCACCCUCCUGGUAAAGAACAACAUCUGGUACCCCAAGUUCAACUUCACUAAGCGAAACAUCCUCCCCAACAUAAGUAAAUCAUACCUCAAGAACUGCAAAUACAAUGCCAAAACGGACCCCUUUUGCCCCAUUUUCCGCCUCCGUGAUGUGGUUGAAUCUGCUGGUCAGAAUUUCCAAGAGAUGGCUGUUGAGGGUGGAGUGAUGGGGCUGCAGAUCAGCUGGAACUGUAAUUUGGACAAGGCUGCCUCUUAUUGUUUGCCAAAGUACACCUUCCGUCGUAUCGACAACAAGGAUUCUGACCACACCGUCUCUCCAGGAUACAAUUUCAGAUUUGCUAAAUAUUACAAGAAUGCUGGUGGCAGAGACUCCCGGACGCUCAUCAAGGCCUAUGGAAUCCGCUUUGAUAUCAUGGUGUUUGGCAAGGCAGGAAAAUUUGAUAUCAUUCCUACGAUGAUUAACAUUGGAUCUGGCUUAGCCCUGUUUGGUGUGGCGACAGUCCUCUGUGAUAUCAUUGUCCUGUAUUUCAUGAAGAAAAAAUAUUAUUAUAGAGAGAAGAAAUACAAAUAUGUUGAAGACUAUGACUUGGAAGCCAAUUCAUCCUAUGGCUCCCAGGGAGAAACCCAGGAAGGCUGUCGCAUCCGAUGACCAACCCAAAGUGCUGAUGUCCAAUGAAUUUCACACAUGCACAGGCUGUGAAGGGGAACAGAAGGGGAACAGAAACCCACAUAAAUUAUUAUUCUGUUCUGCCUUGCUUCCAGUAUGGAUGCCCUGAUAAAGGGAAUGUAAAGAUUGUGAUAUUCUGCAAAUAAUGAUAACCACUUUCUGUGAAAGUUAUUUUUGCUGGGGUGGGGGAAGAUAUUUUGGGGAUCCUGCAGAGCCCUGGAUAGUCUGGGGUAAUUUUGAGGGCCUCCUAAAGUUGUGGCAAUGGAAAAAGCAAGUGGCCUGUCUUCCCCCAAGUUGCUUCUGGGUAGGAUUCCUUCCCUUUCUGCCCCCUUCCGCCCUGGUUCCUCUUCAUUUCAUCCCCCCCCAUCUUUGCUGGAUUUAAACAAGAUAGGUCUUCUGCUGCCUUCCUUGCACAGAUCCCAGUUCCUAUUCUUAGCGGGCGACAGAAUCCCCAGCAUUCCAUGGGGCAAGGAGGGCGCUCUGACCUGUGGACUAGAGGGCAUACUGCCAGUCCUUUCCCUUUGCACUUUCCUUAAUUCUUGUCCUUUAGAAUUCAAUUCCAAACUCAAGGAAUGGAUAUAGGUCAAAAAGAAGUAAAUCUGUACGUCCUUGCACUUUUCCCCUGUCUAGAUUACAUGGGAGCAAAAAGAAAAGUUGGUUAAUGUGAAUGGGGGGGGACGGGAUUUUAGGG